GACCGCGCUGAUCCUCAUUUGUCGUGUUUCCUGUAUGGGAAGAAAACAAAACUACAGCGUUGCCGAAACUGUUGUAACAGCUGAUUCGAACAUACUCGGACAGGAAAGGAUCCCUUCAAAAUGUCAAAAAGGAAAAUUAUGUUACGCGUCCAGUCCUCAGAGGGCACACGCAGAGUCGAGUGUGAUCCACAAGAUACUACCAUGGACCUGUUUCAAAAGGUUCAUGAUGCUUUUGGACUCGGCGGAUUUUGCUUUGCUUUGUUCCGCGAACGUGGUUGUAAAGACGAAAUAAGUUCUUCAAGAAGUAAAACUUUGAAAAGUCUUGGUCUCAAUCAUGGUGACUUAAUAUACCUAGCACCAAUCAAUGGUGCCGUCUUGUGGCCUAAUGAUGCCAGCAUGAACUCCCAUUCAAACACUCCAGAUACAAGUGAAAAGUCUGAACCAUCAACUAGUAGUAGCCAAACCAUAGCAACUCGCUGGAAAAGCUCUUCCAGUUCAUCUACAGGAAGUACUUCCAAUGGCUCCCAAGAGGAUGAGGUAGAUUUGCAACUUUGGAAAAUGGAUGGCCAAAUUAAACGAGAUAGAGAUGACAAGUUUUGUCGUCACGGAGCGAAUGCAUGCUGUCUACAUUGUUCUCCUCUAGAACCAUUUGAUGAAGCCUAUUUGAAGGAGCAAAAAAUAAAACACAUGUCAUUUCAUUCAUAUCUGAGGAAGUUGACUGCUGGUGUUGAUAGGGGCAAGUUUGUUGCAUUGGAAGACAUAAGCUGCAGGAUCAAAUUGGGUUGCAAAGACCAUCCUCCAUGGCCACGUGGAAUUUGCUCUAAAUGCCAACCAAAUGCUGUGACUUUAAAUCGCCAGAUCUACCGCCAUGUGGACAAUGUAAUGUUUGAAAACCCACAAAUAGUUGAACGCUUUCUGGAUUAUUGGAGGGUAACUGGUCAUCAGAGGAUUGGCUUCCUAUAUGGAACAUAUGAAAUUCAUGCAGAUGUUCCCCUUGGCAUCCGAGCUACUGUGUCUGCCAUUUAUGAGCCACCGCAGGAAAGCUCCAGGGAUUCAGUUUCUUUACUGUUACCUGAUGACAAAGAAGAAGUAGUGGAUGAUGUAGCCAGACAACUUGGUAUGUGCAGGAUUGGAUGGAUUUUUACUGAUUUAAUUGCAGAUGUGCAAAAAGGAACCGUUCAACAUGUGCGUAAUAUUGAAAGCCACUUUCUCUCUGCCCAAGAGUGCAUAAUGGCUGGUCACUUUCAGAACCAACAUCCAAAUCCUUGCCGUUUUUCUCCAGGUGGUUACUUUGGUUCCAAGUUUGCAACUGUUUGUGUAACAGGAGACUCAACAAAUCAAGUUCACAUGGAAGGAUAUCAAGUCUCCAACCAAUGCAUGGCCUUGGUUAGAGACGGAUGCUUAGUCCCAACGAAAGAUGCCUCUGAACUUGGGAGCAUUCGGGAGUCAAGUGAUAAGCAGUAUGUGCCCGAUGUUUACUACAAGGAGAAGGACAACUAUGGAAAUGAAGUUCCCCGUUUGGCAAGACCACUGCCCGUAGAAUAUCUCCUGGUUGAUGUUCCUGCAUCUACACCUUUAGUGCCCCAGUACAAAUUCCACGUUGACUCGUCUAUCAGCCAGUUCCCUGUUGAAAACAGAAUGGUUCAGGGCCAUUUACAAGAUUUUGGUACUUUGAGUAGUUAUAUGCGCCAGUUUACUGAGGAUCAGUUCCUGCUUGCCAUGUCGGACUUCCAUGUUCUGUUGUAUAUUGCAACUAUGGACAUGCUUCCCUUGAGGGAACAUAUGGCUCCCCUGUUGGAAGCUGUGCGAACAGGAAACAGUGCUUUAGCUUCAGAAUGGCGUCAUUCUGAACAGUGGGGAACUGUUGAACAAUUAAUUGCGGCCACUGAGGUAUCAAGUGCCUCUGGUUCUCAUUCGCUUGAUCAUCAUGGAGCUAGUGGAUCGGGUCUCGGAGGUGGUGCAAAAUGGACAUGUCCUCACUGCACAUUCAUAAAUGCGCCACAUCUGUCAUCCUGUGAAAUGUGCAAUUUACCUAGAUAAAAUGGAAGCCUUGACAAUCGGCUGUGGACUGAAUGGAUCCUGAUUUCUUUGUUCUACUCUCAUCUCUUUUGUACAUAAAAUAUCUAAAUUAAAAUCUCUUUGAUAGGAAAAUUAAAUAAAGAUAUUCAUGAUAAUAAAACAGGAUAUUUUAGGAAGGGUAUAAAAGCACGGGUUCAAUUGCCUGUCACUCUGGAGGCUUUUAUGUCUUACAAUUAUUAUUUUGUUUGGUCUUUUCACAUAGUAGGGUUGAUCAUUGGUCUUUUUUGCCCACUUAUUUUAGAACAUCAAAAUUUUCAGACAAUACAUCCGGGAUUGAAUUUAAUUUAAUGUAUUUCUUAUAGGUUUUCAAUGACAUCACAUCUGUAGUCGUACAUGAUUUUAUUUUUUUGUGAAUGUAGAAUCAUUGGUUUGUCCUGUGACUAAAUGCUACGAUUGUUCAAUAUUGUGAAUUUCUUGUACCUACUUGGCAUCAAACCGACCUUGCUCACUUCUCAUGGUUUUGUAAUAUGUCACAAUAAUCAAUUUUCAGUUAGUGGUUGGUAAUGUAUGUGUGUCAGUUUUACAGUUUAGGGGUGUGGCUUCUCUCUUUAUGAGCAGAAGAUGUAAAUUAUCAAUAUUUUGGGGGAGAUUGUUAACAGGUUUUGCCUAGCAGAUAUUAUGAAUGAGAUUUUUACAAGGAAAUAUUUUUUAUUGCAGUUCAGAAAUGUCUAAUCACCAUCCAAUCAUUGGGAAACUUGUUAUUUUAAAAGUUGAUUCAUAUUUAACUAAAAAAAAAAAUUGUAUGUAACAGUUUUUUGUAUUCCUUACAUAAUUUUCCAGCUUGCAUGAAAAUGUUCAAGCCAAAUUAGUGUGGAAUUCAACAAGUGAAGUCACUCUUCUUUUGAAAAGACUUAACUGUGAUUAGUGGAUGGAUGUUUCCUAACAAACUCCUCUUUUAAGGCAAAAUAAUGCAAGACUGAAGAAAUGAAGGGUGACACUUCUUUUUAGAUGUUGCUCCAAAUUUCCUGUUGUGGAAAGGGAUGUUAGUAUAAAUUCAUUGCAUCUGUGUGGAUUUUGUACCACUCUAUUUCCUACAAGUAUUGGAUAAUGAUUAACAAGCUGUCAAUAAACUACAAUUUGGUACCUUUACAUGUCACAUAAUCAAAGAUUCCACUGAAUUAAAAUCAUUUCUCUCUCUUUAACUGAAAGCCCUAUCAAGGGACCAAAUUCUCUCCAGUGAAAUAAAACUCUCUGAUGAAAUUUAAAAUUCGACAACCACUAUGCAAAAGACUUUUGAAAGUGUUAAUGAACUGUGGCUCUAGUAUUAUGAGCUAUCAUCUCUGACUCACUGCCAGAUACUUGCUGUGAGAAAAGUUGUAUAAUUUUUUUUUAAACUGUACAUAGAUUUUGAUACAAAAUGUAGAAUUUCAGUGUAAUAAUUUGUACAUUGAGGAUACAGAUGGCGUAAAAUUUUAUUCAGAGUGAGGGCUGGGAAGUUGUUUUGUUCUUGUUAAGCUUAUUAAGAAAUAGCAUGAUGUGUUUUCCAAAGAUUAUGGAAUCUAUGUAUUACUGUGCUGUAAGUUAAUUGAUAAUUGAUCAUUAUCUUUAAAAGGGGGAAGAAAGUACAUCCGAGCAAGCGCACUCUGUACAGUUUCAUAAAUAAAGAGAACCUCACCCACUG